ACGCGCCGUAAUUAUUUCGUCGUCGACAUUUGUUCUAAUAAAAAUAUAGAAUAAUCCAUUCUAAAUCGUAUUUAUAACGUGAUAAUUUUGUGGUCCAUAUUGUCGGCGAUUGUUUUAUACUAAGAAGACCGGCUUGAGAGAGAUAGACGUAAUUGCGUUGAUGGUGUUCAAUAAAACAUAGUCUGUGGACACACAAUGGAUGCGCGGACCUUAUGACAUAAUAAGCAUAUUGAAGUCUUCUACUAGUCCUAGUUUGCCUGCUUGCUCGACUGCCUGCCUGCCCGUGUCAGCGUUUGCAUUACACCACGCAACAAGUACCGCACUCUCCACCACUGCGAAGCAACCGCAAACCUGCCCCGAUAUAUGGACUGCUUGCACUCCUUCUACGCAAAUAACUUUAUAAAGUAGGGGUGGUUGAUGCCCCACGCGGCGCCCGCGACCGCCAUGUCGGCCCCGCCGCGACACCCGCACUUCUACACCGUUGAGGUGGGCGACACGCGUUUCACCAUCCUCAAGCGUUACCAGAACCUCAAGCCCAUCGGCUCCGGCGCACAGGGGAUCGUAUGCGCGGCGUAUGACACGGUGACACAACAGAACGUGGCCAUCAAGAAGUUGUCACGUCCGUUCCAGAAUGUGACGCACGCGAAGCGCGCCUAUAGAGAAUUCAAGCUUAUGAAACUCGUCAAUCAUAAGAAUAUCAUCGGCCUGCUGAACGCGUUCACACCGCAGCGCAGCCUGGAGGAGUUCCAGGACGUGUACCUGGUGAUGGAGCUGAUGGACGCCAACUUGUGCCAAGUCAUCCAGAUGGACCUGGACCACGAGCGCAUGAGUUACCUGCUCUACCAGAUGCUCUGCGGCAUCAAGCAUCUCCAUCUCGCAGGCAUCAUACACAGGGAUUUAAAGCCGUCAAACAUAGUGGUGAAGAGCGACUGCACGCUGAAGAUCCUGGACUUCGGUCUGGCGCGCACUGCCGGCACCACCUUCAUGAUGACACCCUACGUCGUCACCAGAUACUACCGCGCUCCUGAGGUGAUCCUGGGCAUGGGGUACACGGAGAACGUGGACAUCUGGUCAGUGGGCUGCAUCAUGGGCGAGAUGAUCCGCGGCGGAGUGCUCUUCCCCGGCACCGACCACAUCGACCAGUGGAACAAGAUCAUUGAACAACUGGGCACGCCCUCCGCGGCGUUCAUGGCGCGGCUGCAGCCCACAGUACGCAACUACGUCGAGAACAGGCCGCGCUACGCCGGGUACAGCUUCGAGCGUCUCUUCCCGGACAUACUCUUCCCCAGCGACUCCAACGAGCACAACCGUCUCAAGGCGUCGCAGGCGCGCGACCUGCUCUCCCGCAUGCUGGUCAUCGACCCCGAGCGUCGCAUCUCUGUGGACGAGGCGCUGCUGCAUCCCUACAUCAACGUCUGGUACGACGAGGGAGAGGUCAACGCGCCGGCGCCGGCGUCGUACGACCACUCGGUGGACGAGCGCGAGCACACUGUGGAGCAGUGGAAGCAGCUCAUCUACCAGGAGGUGGUGGAGUACGCCGCCCCUCCGCCCGCGCCCGCACACCCCCCGCCCCCGGACCACGCCCAGCCAGCGCUCACCACAUAGGUACCAGCCGAGCUGACCGCCGAGCUGUAACGGUGCGAGUGACGCAUCGUGCCCGGGGGCGUGGCUAAAGCGGUCCGGGGGCGUGGCCAGCUCAUGCCGGGGCGUGGCCUACGCCGCGACGGGCGCUCGGCGGUCAGUCGAGCGGCAGUCUCCUCUACUCUACUCACUUCCUGUUUCUUAUAUGUAUAUGUAGGUUAAGCACUCGUUACGUGGUGUCUCAGUCGGAGUCGGAGUUUUGCUGUGGAAAAAGUGCUCGGAAAUUCAAGAAAGAUUCUAGAAAUAAUGGCUCUGUUGAGGAAUGCGGCGCUAGAAAACACCCCAGCGUAUGAAAAGUCGGAUACAAACUGUCAUUAUAUAAAAGUGUGUGUGUCUGUGUGUUCGCAGCGGUUUCGAGGCGGAGUGCCUUUUCUUUGGUCGCGGACUGGACUUUUCGUAUUAAAAAUGUUUGUUAUAGUGUAUGUUAGAGUCGGGACACGUGACGUCACGCUCGGCUACUGUAAGGUUAAGCUUAGGGUGCGGUCACAUUGAAGCGAGAACGAAGCAGAAUGUGAAUGUGUAAGAAGUAGGAGAAAGGAAGGAGUGGAGAAAAGUUAGUGUUAUUUAUCGACAAUAACAUGCGUUGUGAAAUUACCGACGAUUGUAUUUAGCUGGGACUUCAAUGUAAACGCACCCUUAUUCUGUUGUAACGUGCAAUCUUUUAGUUAAUUAUAAACACGGAAUGUGAAUGUUGUCAGGUUUGUGAGUAUGUACAGGACCUCAGACCUCUGGAGAACUGGCUCCGUUAUUUUGUUGCUGAACUAUUUCUAAAUAAGGUAUCGUCCAUUUAUCACGUAACACUCGAAGUGGGGAGGAGUUCUGAAAAAAAUCACAAAUCAUCACGGGGUGGGGGAGUUAACACAAGAUAUCACGUUAUUUUCUGACCGAUGACUUAAAUGUGAAGAAUAAAUGAAGACAGUGUGCAAGUGGUAGAGAUAUGGCAACUUUUAACAACUUUUUUGACCCCAACCCCGUGGACUCACUUGAUUCAUAAACAGCUCCUACAAUCUUUAUUUACACAAUUUCGAUCUUGGAUUGAAACAAGAUUUACUUAAACCAAACGAAAGUGUCCACUUUACUUUUUUUUUCAAACAACCACUUUUUACGUUCGAGUCAGCAAAGUUUGACAUGUAUUAAAUAGCAAUGUUAGUUUGUAUCUAUAUAUAUGAUGUCUGUCUGUGCGUCACUGAGCGUCGGUAUUUGUUUGUAGCAGACGAGACGUGUAUACUACACGUCUGUAUGUCUGUCUGUCUGUUGAUAGAGUACGAUACGAGUAAGUAGGAACUAGUUAUGUUGUUGAUAUUGUAAUACUGGAUUUAGAUAAUAAAGUACAUUUCUUAAGUAGUUCCCGUAGAUUGCCUCGCGCUACACACUAACAUACAACACUAUUCAACUUUUAUAUAUAUAUAUUAAUCCUUAUCUCUAUUAUACUAAGUUUUACAUUAAUUAUUUCACUGCCGAAGUAUUUGUAGGAAAAUGUUGACAAUCACAUUCUUUUAGAAAAUAACUAAUAUUUAA